CCGCAUCUUGGUACUUACCUUAUCUUUGACACCUGCAUACAUGUUAUCUGUGUCCGGUCUGCGUACUCUCCAUCGUUCUUCCAUUGCACGUACAAAAAGUAAGUGGUGACGGAAAAAUGACAGAGUAAACCACAGCCGAUGCUGACUGGUUUGCCUCACUUUUCACGUUGCCUUAGUCAUGUCCACUUUGAGUACGCGGUCUUUUGCCAGUCUUGUUUCCACCGAGGAGCUGGCUUCAUCGUUAGACAAGGUCAAAAUUCUCGACGGUUCUUGGCAUAUGCCCAAUGCCAAUCGCGAUCCUUAUCAAGAGUUUAUCGAGAAACGCAUCGCCAAUGCUCGCUUUUUCGGCAUUGACCAAAUCAAGGACACAUCCAACCCUUUGCCUCAUAUGUUACCCUCUCCUGAAGUCUUUGCAAACGCAGUUGGUCAGCUGGGUAUCUCCAACGAUGAUCAGAUCGUCGUCUAUGAUUCGGCGGGUGUAUUCUCUGCUGCCCGUGUGUACUGGACUUUCAAAGUCUUUGGACAUCAGAAUGUGUCGGUGUUGAACGGUGGUUUACCCAAAUGGAUCAAGGAAAAUCGUCCCACCGAAUCGGGUCCCGUCAAGGCUACCGAAACCAAAGAAUAUAAAGUACCUACCCUGAACAAGGAUCUCGUUCGUGAUUUUCAGGCUGUUCUGGCCAAUGCAAAACGCGCUCAAGCCUCGUUGGGCGAUAUCGCUCAGGUCCUGGAUGCCCGUCCUCAUGCACGAUUCACAGGAGAAGCUCCUGAACCUCGUCCCGGGUUGAGCUCAGGCCACAUGCCUGGCUCCAUCAGCGUGCCCUUUAAUGAAGUCAUCGCUAACGGCGAAUUGCUCCCUGAAGACGCACUGCGCGACCUCUUCUUGAGCAAGGGCAUUGAUCUCAACAAAAACAUUGUUACCAGUUGCGGCAGUGGCAUCACCGCCUCUAUCUUGUACCUUGCUUUGGAACGAGCGGGAGCUAAGCAUUUGGCCGUCUAUGAUGGCAGUUGGACAGAAUAUGCUGACCAAAAGGACAGCAUCAUCGUCAAACAUCAAUAAACAUCACAAAUGGAAAAAUCGGUUGCUCUAUUCAGCAGAGCUUUUUUCAAAAAUAAAAAAGACUUAUUAGAAA